GAAUUGGAGACUUGUCAAAUUUCGCACUGACAGCUAAACUCUACGCAAACAGGGCUGCACUGACCGAAACGCUGCCAGACCAUUUCGAAUCUAUAUUUCGUAGGGCAACACUGAGUGCUUGGUUAGCAUCGCUACAUUGUUUAUAAUCACAAAAUUCUUAUUUAUUAAAAAUGCAAGUUUAUAAGUACCAGGAAUUGAUGGAAAAGUUGGAGAACGAUGAGCUGGAACAAAUUGGUCUGGGUCCCGAAGUCUACGCUCAGCUGCUCGCAAUUUAUCUCUAUCAAAGUGAAUUAUCUAAGGCAAAACUGCUAUGGAUGCGCAUGUCCGACAACUUAAAAAAUAAGGAAGAGAACAAAGAACUGACACAACUUCAUCUCUUGACUGUGGCACUACAGAAGAACGAUUCAUCAGAUUUCUUCGAUUACAUAAAGUUUGAAUGGUCCGAAAAUGUGAAGCCCAUUGUUGAAGAUUUGUUAGCUAAGCAACGUGAAGAACUUUUCACAUUAAUGGGCACUGCGUAUGCUUCUAUUUAUGAACAAAACUUGCUGGAAAUGACACAAAUGUCUGCGGAAGAGCUUAAAAGUGCAUGUGCGGCAUUGAAUUGGACGCAGGAACAAGACGGUGACCAAGUCAUCAUUCUGCCCAUCCCCAAAGAGACAGUGUCGAGUGUGGCCGGCGACGAUCAGCUCCUUAAAUUAACCGAAUUUGUUUCAUUUUUAGAAAAUUAAGUAAGAAAUAUCAGAAUAUAAAUCAAAUUGAAAAAUGAGA